AUGCCGCGCCUCAAGCGCCCACAAAGCCCGUCGCCAGACAGCACCAAGGGGGCAAGAACAGCGAAUGGACAAGCGUCAGCCACGUCUUCCCGUCCUACAAGCCCAUGGAACCGAUAUCCUGAUCCUCAGGCGCCAAGUGCCCAUGACGGGACGGACACACGACCUCAAAGUCCCAUGGGAGGCAUACCGAAGCCUGUCGCACUGCAGUCGAAUGAGCAAUGGCUCAUGCGUGUGAAUCGAGAGGGACUGCCUAUCUGCCGUGACCUGCACGGCCUCUUCACCACCGUCAUUAUUUCCCUCUGUGAUCGGUGGCCAGAUUGGCGUUUCCCACUCGCCUUUGUGUUACCUGCCUUGAUUCAGCGCAUGCAGGCGCUGCAGUUUGUACAGAUCGUACGCGACUCGGCGAAUGGCAUCCAGAAUAUGCUGUCACUCAGCCAGACCAAGACGUCAUUUACCAUGAGCAGCCAGACCGCUGCCCGAAUUUGCCAAGCCUUUAUCCGAGCGCACUUGCUAGAGCGUGUGCCUGGCCAGGAAGACGAAGUGUACGCUCCAUCGCCCAAAGGCGUGCAUCUCGUCGAUCGUUUUGUCGUCCGGCAUGGUAUCGCUACGCGCAGUGUCAGCAAUCUUCUGAAUGUGCACCCCAUAUGUGACAAGCUCUUGUUUUUGGAGCGUGAUGAGCAGGACGAUGUGCUGUUGAGUGACGCCGUCGUGCGCAUUUUGUUUAAUCGCAUGGUCGGUACUUCACCUCGUCGCACGGAGCCGAGUGCCCUUGGUAUCGUGCUGGAGACCAAGCAAGUGCGAGACAAGGAGGGGCAAAUGUACGAGACGGCGCGGUUCUCGUCGACCGAUGCUUUGAACUGGCUUGUGGACUACACGACCAUGGUCUCGAUCGACGAGGCGAUUGUUCUCGCUGCGCACAUGGUGCGUCUCGGAUGGCUCGAGUCUGAGCAGACGAUGGAUGUCUCUCAAUCGAACAAUGUCGCCACGGUAUGCGUCGAUGAGGCACUGCGUGCCGAGCAUGCUGCGCGUGAGGGCACCUUUGUCGAGGGUGAAAUGUAUUACCUCACUGAGCUGGGUGUCACUAUGGCCUGGAAGGUCGAUUGGGUGGAUCAGCCGGCGUCGAAGCCAGCAGACGAGCGUCCGCCCACGUCUUUCUUUUACGGUGAUCGUUUGAAUGAGAUGCGGAGUGUCUCUCCUCGACUCGAUGCAUUCGAUUUAUACGGCACGUACAUGAACGCGCAUCCGUCGGCUCAGGCGUCUCCUGAGAUACCUGGUGCACCUUCGCCGCGAGCGCGGGAUGUUGCAUCGCCCACGAGUGUUCCUAGACAACCACUGGAGGAAGUCUUGCGCAGUGCCAACAUGCGCCGCUCACUCUACACGUUCCUUCAAAUGCGGCAGGAUGAGAAGCCGCUGCAGUUCUGGUGCCAAGUCGAGUGGUUCCGGUCCGACUGCCGACUCGCUACGGCGGGCCUGCUGACGGAUACGUUCAGCGCCGAUGCGGUCGACGUCCUGCCGUCGGAGGUCCUGCGCGAAUCUGCGGAGAAGCGGCCGGAGGGCAUGACGGGUCCACAGAUGCGCGCAUCGCAGCAGCCCAUCUUGUCCCUGAGUGCGCAACGGCGCAUCGGCUCGCUGUUGCAGUCUAGUGCGCUCAAUCUGCGUCUCUCGAGCGAGACGAGCGCGUCACUCGAAGGCGCACUCGAGGCGUUUGCGCGCGGAGCGUCCGGCACCGACUCGACGCGCCAGAUCGAGAAGGCGCUGGGGCAUCUGCUCAUCCAGUGCGGAUCAGCGCAAAAGGAAGUCAAGGCGCAGCUGAAUGAGGAAAGUCUGCCGAAAUACUACGAGGCCCUGGAUUGUGGCUUGUGGGAGCGGCCGUAG